AUGGCUACAUUGAAGACCUGUACUGGUGCUUGCUUCACAGGAUCCGCUUUUCCGCUUCAUCAUUCCAAUGUUACUACUAGUAACAAAAACACUAGGAGCUCUUGCUGGAAGCCUACACAAGCAGCUGUGAAAUCCACUUUCCAUCUCCCAAUGCGUAGUUAUGAGAUGAAGAAUAGGACUUGUACUGAGGACAUAAAGUGUCUGAGAUUGAUAACUGCCAUUAAAACUCCAUACCUACCUGAUGGUCGAUUUGAUCUUGAAGCAUAUGAUGCCUUGGUAAACAUGCAGAUUGAGAAUGGAGUUGAAGGUGUUAUUGUUGGUGGCACAACUGGUGAAGGGCAACUAAUGAGCUGGGAAGAACACAUAAUGCUUAUUGCACACACAGUCAACUGUUUUGGCGGGAAUAUUAAGGUUAUUGGAAAUACUGGCAGUAACUCAACCAGGGAAGCAAUUCAUGCCACAGAGCAGGGUUUUGCGGUUGGAAUGCACGGUGCCCUUCAUAUAAAUCCUUACUAUGGUAAAACCUCCUUGGAUGGUAUGGUUGCACACUUUCAAAGUGUGCUUUCCAUGGGGCCCACGAUCAUAUAUAAUGUGCCUUCACGGACUGGUCAAGACAUUCCUCCACACGUGAUUCAAAACUUAGCUCAAAGUACUUGCUUAGCUGGUGUCAAGGAAUGUGUGGGAAAUGACCGAAUCAAAGAGUAUACUGAUAAUAAAAUUGUUGUGUGGAGUGGGAACGAUGAUCAAUGCCAUGAUGCUAGAUGGGGUUAUGGAGCUACUGGAGUGAUAUCUGUUGCAAGCAACCUGAUUCCUGGCUUAAUGCAUGAACUCAUGUUUGGGGGAAAAAAUCCUGCAUUGAAUUCCAAGCUCCUGCCUUUGAUUGACUGGCUUUUCCACAUGCCAAAUCCCAUUGGUUUGAACACGGCUCUUGCUCAACUUGGAGUUGUCAGGCCAGUUUUCAGGCUGCCAUUUGUACCUCUCCCUUUGGAGAAAAGGAUAGAGUUUGCCAAUUUGGUGAAGGAAAUUGGUCGACAGCAUUUUGUUGGAACUCAAGAUGUUCAGGUUCUUGAUGACAACGACUUUUUCUUGGUUAGUCGUUAUUAA